UAGAAAGCUCAGGGCCACGAUGGGGAAACACUUCCACCUGUACGAGAACAUUUCUAAAGUGAGUCCCUUCGAGGGGCCCCAGUAUUACCUGGCCCCUCAUUGGGCGUUUCACUUGCAGACCAUCUUUAUGGGCAUUGUUCUGUUCACGGGAGCACCUUUAAACUUUAUCGUUCUCCUCGUGACGGUCAAGUACGAGAAGCUUCGAGUCCCUCUCAACUACAUCCUCGUCAACAUCUGCUUCUCAGGAUUCAUCUUCGUCACCUUCUCUGUCAGUCAGGUGUUUGUCGCCACCCUGAGGGGUUACUACUUCCUGGGUUACACCUUGUGUGCCCUUGAGGCUGCCAUGGGAUCAAUAGCAGGACUGGUGACGGCCUGGUCUUUGGCUGCCCUGUCUUUUGAGAGAUACCUGGUCAUCUGUAAACCGUUUGGAGCCUUUAAGUUCGGCAGUCACCAUGCUCUGGCUGCUGUCGCCUUCACCUGGUUCAUGGGGAUCGGCUGUGCCGCCCCACCUUUCUUUGGCUGGAGCAGGUACAUCCCCGAGGGUCUGGGCUGCUCCUGUGGACCCGACUGGUACACUCACAGCGAGGAGUUUAACUGCAGCAGCUACGUACAGUUCCUGAUAGUGACCUGCUUCAUCAGUCCGCUCAGCAUCAUCAUCUUCUCCUACUCUCAGUUAUUGGGCGCUCUGAGAGCUGUAGCAGCCCAGCAGACGGAGUCGGCCUCCACCCAGAAGGCGGAGAAGGAAGUAUCGAGGAUGAUCAUCAUCAUGGUGGCAUCCUUCGUCACCUGUUACGGUCCGUACGCUCUGGCAGGUCUUUACUUCAGCUACUCUUCAGACGAAAACAAAGAUUAUCGAUUCGUCACCAUCCCGGCGUUUUUCUCCAAGAGCUCGUGUAUUUACAACCCGCUCAUCUACGCCUUCAUGAACAAACAGUUUAACGCCUGCAUCAUGGAGAUGGUCUUUGGAAAGAAAAUGGAUGAACCAUCUGACGUUUCUUCAAAGACUGAGACGUCUUCAGUGUCCACAGCCUCUUAAUGUUUGGAACAAAAAUAAAACUGAAGACAGAAGGACAUUUAAUCACAAAAGGACUUUUACAGGUCAGAGUUUGGGGAAUUAUUCUCUGAAGACUCAGAGGAAAUGUGUUAAAUACUCAAAACAUGUAAAUACAACAAACUGAUAUUUUACUGUAGAACAUCUUUGUUUAGAUCAAAGGCAACAACAAAAUCUCAUAAAAAUAUUCUAAAGA